AUGGAUAAAAAAGAGGAGAAUAAAGAUAGGGAAUAUGAGGAGAAUGUAGAUAGAGAAGAGGAGAAUGUGGAUAAUAAAGAGGAGAAUGUAUAUAAGGAAGAGGAGAAUGUAGAUAGGGAAGAGGAGAAGAAUGUGGAUAAUAUAGAGAAGAACGUAUAUAAGGAAGAUGAGAAUGUAGAUAAGGAAGAGGAGAAUGUAGAUAACAAAGGUGUAGAGAUUCAUCAUGUAGACAGUAAAGUUGUAGAGGAGUUGGAAGCCCAGGGGGAAGAGGAGAAUAUGGAUAAUAAAGAGGAGGAUGUAUAUAAAGAAGAGGAGAAUGUAGAUAGGGAAGAGGAGAAGAAUGUAGAUAAUAAAGAGGAGAAUGUAUAUAAGGAAGAGGAGAAUGUAGAUAGGGAAGCAGAGGAGAAUGUAGAUAACAAAGGUGUAGAGAUUCAUCAUGUAGACAGUAAAGUUGUAGAGGAGUUGGAAGACCAGGGGGAGAGGAGAAUGUAG